AUGGGUAAGGUGAAAUGGGAUUCCAACGCCGACCAAACUCUUCUCGCAAAAAUUCUUGAGACCCAUGACCUGAGUGUCGAUGCAGCCCGGGUCGCCGAGGCCUGGCCCGUCCAAGAAGACGAUCAUAAACCUACCCCUCGUGCUAUUAAGGAGCGUCUCACUAGAAUCAAGGAGAAUGUCCGCCAGGGUAAUCCCGCCUCUGCCUUGCCUUCGAGCCCAGUGACCCCUAAGAAGCGCACUCCCCGCAAAAAGGCAAAUGAGACUCCCACUCCCCGCAAGCGCAAGCGUACCACCAAGGACGCUGCGGCCGAUGAAGACAUGGUUAAUGUCAACGAAGAGAAUAACCUGCCUGCCGACGACAAAGAGCUUCUAGCUGAGGCUGAGUCCGCUAUCAAGAUGGAAACCGGCCUCGAAGAGAUCGACCCCCUUCUUCAUCCGCAGAACGAGGAAGAAUCUCCGGUUGUUGAAAAUGGAAAGAACGAUCCCGAAUGGUCCGAGUACAAUGCAGACGCCGAAUUAGACUCCGACGAGCUGUCCAAGUAG